UUGGGAUCUGAAGGUCAAGAUGGCGCCUGUGUUUGGCUGUGCCGCUGCCUUCGUCCGUGUGUUUGUUUGUUUUAUUUGCUAUGCAAGUGUUUUUGCCACCGUUUUUUCUGGUGUUACCCCCCUUCGGAUUUACGAUCGUCAUGCGCUGCUAGCGAUCAAAUCUGCAAUGGAUAGCUUUCAGAGUCAACGAAACGAGGCUGUUUUCCUACCGCCGUUAGAGCGCGACGCAGCACCAGGUCUACCUCCACUCUUGCAGGCUAGCUCAUUUCUGCUCCAGCGGCCUCGUCGGAGAAAGCGGGGGAAGCGAGCCGGCCUUCACGUUCUGCUCCGUCGCCUUCGGAAAGAAAUGGACCUUCGGGGGCUCUAUUCCUGGGUUGCUACCGGUGAGAUUCGGCUGAAACUUGUCGGAACUGGAUUAAUCCCCACAACCCACUAUGCUUACGACCCAGACUGUCAUCUGAAAGCAUGGAAAGCCAAGCCCCAUCGCGGCAGGAACCCUGUUUUGCUGCGCGCCUUACCGCAUAGCGCGGACUCUGUUCCUGGAAACUCUACCCCUGUCCUGGUGAGUCGCAGCCUUAAAUGGAUGUUAAUUAAUGCUCGCUCAAUCGCCAAUAAGUCUUAUAUUUUAAAUGACUUGUUCUGCUCUGAGAAGCUUGACUUCAUGUUUAUCUCUGAGACGUGGCAACGUGAGAAUGAAGUCUCACAUCUUUUAGAGCUUUGCCCCGCUGACUGCUCAUUUCUCUGUGCACCUCGGACAUCUGGACGAGGAGGUGGAACAGCUGUAAUCUUUAAAAAUACUUUCUUAUGCCAAAUGAUUUCUUCAAGUUGCUACAACUCUUUCGAGAUGCUUGUGAUAAAAAUUGGAAGAGAACAGCCCAUAUACGGCAUUUUAAUUUAUCGUCCACCUGGGUCUGCUGCGGCUUUCUUGUCAGACCUACAAGACUUUUUAGCUUCCACUAUUAAAAUGGGCAAGGUUAUCAUCGUUGGAGAUUUCAACAUUCAUGUGGAUGACUCAACAAACAGUACCACUAAGGAGUUUCUGAGCAUUAUGGACUCUUUCAACUUUGCUCAGCAUGUAGCAGGGCCUACUCAUAGGGCUGGGCACACUUUGGACCUGGUCUUCACCUAUGGUGUUUCCCUUGACCACAUGAAUUUAAAUGAAGUUGUUUUUAGCGACCAUAAGUCAGUCUCCUUUACUGUAUCUGUUAAUUCAGAGUCCCAUCCUCAAGGCUCGACUAGGCGCAGGCGCUUUAUUGACGAUUCUAUAAUUUCUGAGUUUUCCUCUCUUUUUAAUUUUAAAAGUUCCUCUAAUGAGGUUGAGCUUCUAACUAAUUCUUUUAAUGAACACUGUCUUGCCAUUCUAAAUCAGGUUGCUCCUCUCAAAACCAGUUACUGCUCUGUUAGCUCCCGGACUCCAUGGUUAAAUUAUCAGACUCGUGGUCUUCGACGCUCCUAUCGAAAAGCAGAGCGUCUGUGGAAGUCCACCGGUCUGACUGUCCAUCGUGAGCACUUUAAAGAACUACUUUACAUAUAUAAUGAAUCAGUCAAAGAGGCCAGAUCCUCUUACUUCAAUAAUCUUAUAAACCGUCAUAAAAAUAAUUCAAGAAUUCUAUUUGAUACCAUCAACAGUAUUGUUUCUCCUCCAACCCAGCAUGCUCUGUUGCUUUCUGAUGAAGAUUGUAAUACUUUCCUUAAUUACUUUGUAAAUAAGGUGAUGGACUUGAAAUCUAAAAUUUCCUCAAGUGCCUCCCCUUAUGAAGAUACCCCCUGUUGUUCUGGAUCAUUUACCUCCUUUUUUCCAAUCACACUAAAUGACUUAAUUACAGUUUUAGGUAAAAUGAAAUCCUCGUCAUGUUCUGUAGAUAUAUUACCUCACUCUGUCCUGUCUGGGUCUAUCACCAGCAUUGGUCCCACAUUACUAUCCAUCAUCAACAGUUCACUGAGGCAAGGCUGUGUUCCAUCUUAUUUUAAACACGCUGAGGUAACUCCUCUGUUAAAAAAACAGAAUCU